AUGGCUGAUGAUACAGGACCUCGGAUCAACGGCAAUAGCCAUCAAGUUACCAAUGGUAGCUCUAAAAGUCACGAUCACACCUACCUCAGAGGCCGGCACCAUCCUAGUAAUGGCGAUUUCAAGCCUGGUACUGUCCAUCCCAACCUCGAGGCUACUACAUCGACCCUUGACCCCAUUGCCAUUUGCGGUCUAGGAAUUCGUCUGCCUGGAGGUGUUCGUAGUGCUGAAGACUUUUGGGACUUGUUAAUCAAUGGGAAAGAUGCACAGGGUCCAAUUCGCUCUGAUCGAUACAAAAUCGACAGCUUCAAUGGUGCCUUGGGGAAAAAGGGCGCCAUCAAGACUCAGAAGGGAUAUUUCCUGGACGACGAUCUAACGUCUCUGGAUACAUCUUUCUUCAGCAUGAGCAAAAAUGAGCUGGAAAAGUCGGACCCACAACAACGACAGCUUCUGGAGGUGACAAAGGAGUGCCUGGAAAGCGCUGGUGAGAUCGACUAUAGAGGUAAGAUGGUUGGAUGCUACGUCGGGACAUUUGGCGAAGACUGGCUACAAAUGAGUGCGAGAGAGACUCAGCACUCCGGAGGCUAUAUCUUGACCGGCCACGGCGACCUUAUGAUUUCCAAUCGUGUCUCGUAUGAGUACGAUCUUCGAGGUCCUAGCGGUGAUUGCAAUGGAGCGAUUGUUGCUGGGACAAGUCUCAUCAUGGGGCCGGCAACAACAGCGGCAAUGACUCAGGAAGGGAUUCUGUCUCCGGAAGGCUCGUGUAAAACGUUUGAUGCAGCGGCGGAUGGCUUUGCGCGCGCAGAAGCAAUAAAUGCGAUCUACAUUAAAAAGCUAAGUGAUGCCCUCCGGGACAACAACCCGAUUAGGGCUAUCAUUCGGAAUACUGGAACGAAUAGCGAUGGCAAAAGCCAAGGCUUAAUGACCCCUAGUAGUGAGGCCCACGAAGCUCUGAUCCGAAAAGUAUAUUCCGAUUCUGGUCUGAUACCCUCGGAGACUGGCUACGUCGAGUGUCAUGGAACAGGUACACCUACGGGAGAUCCUUUGGAGGUUGCAGCUGUUGGCAGAGUAUUUGGAGAGAAAGGUGUUCACAUUGGCUCGGUGAAACCCAACGUGGGCCACUCAGAGGGUGCAUCAGGUAUAACAAGCCUGAUUAAAGUCAUACUCUGCCUGCAACAUGGGACUAUCCCUCCAAAUAUCAAGUUCAGUACCCCGAACCCUAAAAUUAAUUUCAGAGAAAGCCGUCUUGUCGUUCCGACCAAAGCCACACCUUGGCCGCAAGAUCGUAGUAAGCGUGCGAGUAUAAAUUCGUUUGGAAUAGGAGGAAGCAAUGCACAUAUAAUCCUAGAAUCAUCUGAUGCAUAUGUUCCUACUCCACGCAAGGCAUUCGAAAUUGACAUAGCAAGCAAGCUUCCCCAGUUACUUGUCUUUUCCGCAAAUACCCAGGAGUCCCUGCGUCGGCAAGUCCUCAAUAACACGACAUAUCUUGAAAUGUAUCUUGACCGGGUAUUGGAUAUGGCUUACACCUUGAAUCAACGCCGAGAACAUCAUGUGUAUAGAACUUUCUGCACUGUUGGCGAUGACAGAGCUAUGGGAAAAGCCGCGGCGGUAGCAAAGGUUCCAAUAGUUACGCCAGACCUUGUGAUGACUUUUAGCGGUCAAGGCGCCCAGUGGCCUACGAUGGGAAGAGAACUUGUACUCAAAAAUUCCGAAUUCCGAAGUGAUAUUGGAGCGAUGGAUAGCAUACUACAGAGUUUACAGUAUCCACCAGCAUGGAGCAUCAAAGACGAACUUUUCAAGACCAAAACAAGCCAGAUUCACCGUGCUGAGAUGGCGCAGCCCCUGUGUACCGCGAUUCAGAUAGCUCUUGUCAAUGUAUUUCGCAGAUCUGGCAUUCAGCCAGUGGCUGUUGUUGGCCAUUCCAGCGGUGAAAUAGCUGCGGCCUACGCAGCUCGUGCUAUCUCGUUCCGCGAAGCUGUAAUCAUCUCUUAUUACAGAGGCUAUGUCGCUAAGAAACCAUCAGCUGGAAGCAUGGCAGCAGUCGGCCUUGGUGCGGACGCAGCGUCAAAAUUUCUGAAAGAAGGCGUUGUAAUCGCCUGUGAGAACAGUCCUAAGAGCAUAACUCUGUCUGGGGACGUAGGACAGCUUGAUAAGGUGGUAGCAGCAAUCAAGGAAAGCAAGCCCGAUGUGCUGGCUCGGGUACUGAAGGUAGACAUGGCAUACCAUUCUCAUCACAUGGUGUCCUUGGGUAAGGAAUACCGCCGUCUCGUGGAAGAAGAACUAGCCAGAAGACAUGAUUCAUCACUCCACACCGAAGAAUUUUCCACAAGCCGACAUCUUGACACCCUGUUCUUCUCGAGCGCAACAGGCGAAGUAAUUGAAGAUUCCGAGGCAGUGAAUCCCGAAUAUUGGCAGAAAAAUCUUACCUCUCUAGUCCGAUUUGAUUCGGCGGUGCGUAGAAUGCUGCAGCGUCAGCGCAAUAACGUGUUCCUUGAAAUUGGGCCUCACUCAACUCUUGCUGGUCCACUUCGGCAGAUAUGCUCUGAAGUUGGGUUAGAUUGCCCCUACAUUCCAACGAUGAUUCGAAACAAAGAUUGUGCGGAAACUUUGCUAUCCGCUUGGGGUCAACUCUAUCAGCAAGGGAUUCCUUUCAGCUUUGAGCCUUUGACACGAGGCGGAAGUGUGCUCCCUAACCUUCCAUCCUACCCAUGGGACCAUAGCGCAUCGUACUGGUACGAAAGUCGGCUUUCCAAGGACUGGAGGUUUCGAGAAUACGGAUACCAUGGCCUUCUCGGCUUACGUGUGGGAGAAAGCACAAUAUUUGAACCUUCAUGGAGAAACGUCCUAUCACUUGAGGACGAGCCGUGGCUCUACGACCAUAAAAUCCGAGGAGAUGUAGUUUUCCCGUUCGCCGGUUAUGCUGCCAUGGCUGGUGAGUGUAUUAGACAGGUAUCUGGGAUUAAUAACGGCUACAGCCUGAGACAUGUUGUUGUUCACUCCGCCCUAGUGCUCACAGAUUCCAAAUCGGUGGAGAUGAUUACAGUCCUCCGGCCUCAUAGACUGACCGAUUCAAUGGACUCGGACUGGUUCGAUUUUACCAUUUCAUCGAAUUCCGGCUCGACGUGGAUGAGGAAUUGCGAAGGUCAAGUCAAGCCUCGUCAGGCGGAUCUUGCGCGCUGUGAAAAUUUUCAUAUUUAUCCCCGCGAAGUAAAUCCUUCCAGAUGGUAUGCAGCCAUGACGCAAAUUGGGUUCAAUUAUGGACCUGAAUUUUCUGGGCUCACAAAGAUCACAUCUUCGACAACCGAGAACCUGAGCGUUGGGGAGAUUGAAAAUCCUUACCAAGAAGCACCCUAUGUGUUCCAUCCAACUGCAAUAGACGCUUGCUUGCAGUUACUCCUCGUUGCGAUGUCAAAAGGCAUAGGCCGCAAUUUUGGGCAUGUGGCUGUGCCUACCAGAAUCGAAGAGAUCGAGGUAGCUCGGAGCGCAUCGACGAUGAUGGCCAAAGCAGGGAAUUUGACCGCAUCGGAAGCCCCGGGGAUAGAUUGUGUAUCAGGGGGCCGGACUUGUCUCCGCCUUCGCGGCGUGUACUUGACUCCGAUGGACAAUGAGGAAGAUCUCGACUCAGCAUGGGAUCGACACGCAGCUGCUCGUUUGGAAUGGGCCCCCGACUUUGACUUCUUUGACGUAGCAUCCCUAUUCAAGCCUCCAGAGUCGAAAAUUGAAGAGACGAUGCUUCAAGAAGAAAUGACGUUGCUCUGCAUGGUGGAAUCGGCAGAGCGUCUCCGAUUGCUAGAGACAGACCAAUGGCACUUCCGAAAGUACCGAGACUGGCUCCACAAGGAAGUAGGCCGCGCCCAAAAUGGCUUACACCCAGUGGUCAGAAACUGCAAGCAGCUCGUCAAUCUAAACCCUUCAGUGCGGCGAGAUCUCAUAGAAGAACGCCUGAAGCAAUUGUCUUCUAUGGGCUCUAAGGCUGCCGUCGCCACAGGCAUAAAGCGCAUCAGUGACAAUAUCGAAGCACUCUUCACUGGAACAGCAGAUACGCUUGACACUCUCAUGCAAGGAGACGUCCUAACCAAGAUCUACAACGUCGUCAGCUUCGGACAUGGUGAGUUCGUUCGAAUGCUUUCGCACACGAAGCCAAAUCUUCGGGUGCUAGAAGUCGGCGCUGGGACCGGCGGGACGACCGUCUCCAUUCUUGAGGAUCUUGUAGACAAAGACGGAUACCCUCUAUACUCACUCUACUCGUUUACAGACGUCUCUGCUGGAUUCUUUCCACAGGCAAAAGAAAGGUUUUCCCAUGCGUCAAACAUGGACUAUAGGGUUUUCGACAUAUCACGAAAUCCUAUUGAGCAAGGCUUUGAAGUUGCAUCUUACGACCUCAUUCUCGCCCCCAAUGUCGUUCACGCAACCCCAUCCCUGCACGAGACCUUAUGCAACCUUAGGCCUCUCUUGCGACCACAUGGUCAUCUAGUGCUCACAGAGCUUUCUGCCCUGGUUCGAGCUCCCAACUACAUUUUCGGCAAUUUCUCUGGUUGGUGGCUGGGUGAGGCGGACGGCCGGCCAGACGAGCCAUAUGUCUCGGUAGAUCGUUGGGACCAGGAGCUCAAAGCUGCAAAUUUCACUGGCGUCGAUACGGCCGUCUUCGAUGCUGAACAACCCUACCAGUACUGUGCUGCUAUCGUCUCUCAGCCGCUCGCUGAGCUUGAUGGUGGCUCUAGCAGGAGGACGAUCACAAUCCUUUGUGACCAAGAAACCAAUGAGAUCACCAAAAACCUUGUUGCGGAGAUUGAAUUAUUAGGAAUAGACUAUUUGCUUUCUAAAUUUGGUGAUCGCCCCCCACAAGGGGAAUGCAUCAUCACUACAAUCGACUUAGAGUCGUGUUUCUUCGAGAAUAUUUCAGAGAAUAAGUUCAGAGCCUUCCAAGACUUACUUUCUGAACAGCAUCAUCGAACGAUUCUCUGGCUAACUAGGCCCUCCCAAAUUCUUUGCGAUGACCCUCGCUCAGCGCAAACAGUUGGCGUUGCACGGACAAUUCGUUCAGAGUUAGCUCUGUCUUUCGUGACGCUUGAGAUCGAUCCAAGAGAAAAGGAGUUUGGAAAAAAGGUCAUGCAGGUUUUUGGAAAGAUCACAAGUAGAAAAGACGAUGGUACACUCGCGCCGGACCCGGAGUAUGCAGUCGAUGACGGCGUCAUCAAGGUUGGAAGAUAUCAUCCGUUCUCCCUUCAGAAAGAGCUAGGCCAGAAAAGUAGCCUCACAGCUACAGACUGUGCAAUGACCCUUGAGAUCAUGAAGCCUGGUCUGAUGCAGACUUUCCAAUGGUCUGAGAAAGCUACGCCGGUGGGACUGGGAAAAGGUGAAGUCGAGAUCCAAACCGCGGCUGUUGGAUUGAACUUUAGGGACGUGCUACUCGCCAUGGGGAUUUCGGGUUACGGCCUCGAGGGGUUUCCCCUCGGUAUUGAUACUACUGGCGUGAUCCGGAGAGUUGGAUCCAAUGUUCGCAACGUUGCCGUGGGCGACAGAAUCUUUGCGCUUGCGCCUCACGGCUGCAUCACAGAUAGGCUGGUUCUUCCCUGUUCGCUCGCUGUCAAGCUGCCGGACGACUUGACUUUCGAAGAUGCCGCAACCAUGCCUUGUUGCUUUGCAACAGCGAUAUACUCCUUGCUCAAUGUCGGUGGGAUGAUGAAAGGACAGGUUUACGCAACUGUGGGCAACGAUGAAAAGGUCAAGCAUUUGAUGGACAACCUCCAGCUUCCCAGAAAUCACAUUUUUAACUCACGAGAUCACUCGUUCCUUCCAGAUUUGAUGCGUGAGACAGAAGGUAGAGGGGUGGACCUCGUUCUUAAUUCGCUUUCAGGCGAACUCCUCCAUGCAUCAUGGAAAUGCGUAGCCGAAUUCGGCAAGCUUAUAGAACUUGGAAAACGGGACAUUUUGGGCUUCGGCAAGCUCGAGAUGGACAUCUUCGGGGCAAAUCGUUCUUAUUGUUGUGUGGACAUUGCGCAUCUCAUUCGGGAUAGGCCCGAGCGGAUGGCAGGAGUUUUGAAGGAAACCUUGAAGCUGUACCAACAGGGCCAUGUGACUCCAAUCAGACCCUUUCUCACGUAUGAGGCUGGAGAUGCCACGGAGGCGUUCAGAGUUCUGCAAAACGGGGAUCACAUUGGCAAAGUGAUCUUGAGAAUGCCACAGGACAACUCCAUAAUAUCAAGCGUUCGAUCUGCCAGUACUCUUACGCUGGACCCCAAGGGUUCGUACUUUCUAGCGGGAGGUCUGGGAGGACUUGGUAGAUCAAUUGCGACUUGGAUGGUUGAGCAUGGCGCUCGGAGUCUCAUAUUCCUUUCUCGCACUGCAGGCCUCAACGAAAGCGACCAGACUUUCCUCAAGGAGCUCGAGAGUAUGGGAUGCGUCGUUGCUGCCGUUGCUGGUAUGACUCAGAAUAUGGAAGACGUGGUAGCAGCCAUAUCGUCAGCACCCGGCCCUAUCAAAGGUGUCAUACAGCUCGCGAUGGUUCUAAGGGUAUGUCACCUGUCUUCCGACAACCGAAGAGUAGCCCCACUAACCCAAGCCCAGGACAAACCCAUCGUCAACAUGAGCCACGAAGAAUGGGUGACAGCAAGCUUGCCCAAAGUAGACGGCACCUGGAACCUCCACAACGCCCUCGCGGACCAACCUCUCGAUUUCUUCUUCAUGUCCAGCUCCACGGUCACAAUCGUCAACCAACCGGGCCAAGGCAACUACAACGCCGCCAACACCUUCCUCGAAGCCUUCUGCCAGUACCGGCACAGCCUCGGCCUGCCCGCCUCCGUGCUCAACAUCUGCCCCAUCGACGACGUCGGCUUCGUGGCCGCGAACCCCGCCACGCGCAAGAGCCUGAAGGCCCAAGGCCACCACUUCCUCCGGGAGCAAGCCCUCCUCGACUACCUGCACCUCUCCCUCCUCAACUCGCAGCCCCCAGCCGGCACCACCGCGCGCGGGAGAUCGCCCACCGCCACCGCGGUGUCCGCGUGGGAGAACAAGGGCCAGAUCGUCAUGGGGCUCCGCUCGGACCUGCACCCGGACGACCCGGCCAACCGCACCCACUGGCGCCGCGACCGCCGCAUGGGCCUCUACCACAACAUCCGGAACGCCAACACGGUCGACCACGCCGGCGGCGGCGACGACAACCGGCUCACGCGGUUCCUGCUGCGCUGCGCCGAUGACCCGGACCUGCUGGCCGCCGGGGCCGAGGGCGAGGGCCUGCUGGCGCGGGAGAUCGGCCUCAAGGUGUUCGGCCUCGUGCUCCGGGACGCGGGGGACGUGGACGUCGGGAUGACGCUCGGGGCCGUCGGGGUGGAUUCGCUCAUGGCGAUCGAGCUGCGCCGGUGGUGGAAGCGGGCGUUCGGGCUGGAGAUCAGCGUCCUGGAGAUCAUGGGCUUGGGCACGAUCAGGGAGUUGAGCAAGGUGGCGGCGCAAAGGUUGAAGGUGAAGCUUGGAGGGGCUGCUGCGACCUAG